ACAUCUCUGUUAAAGCUGACUGACAAACACAAAUCUGCACAAACAAAUGUCUCUUAGCUAAAAAUAAAUAUAUAUAGCAGACUACACUAGGAGUCAUUGCAUUAUUGAAAACAUGUCUUUCAAACACAUGACGUAUGUAAACCGAUGCUGAUGAAUGUGUACAUGUCUUUACAGGGUAACUGGCUGUAACCUGUCAGAGAGAAGCUCUGAAGCUCUGUCCUCAGUCCUCAGCUCCCAGUCCUCUAGUCUGAGAGACCUGGACCUGAGUAACAACAACCUGCACGAUUCAGGAGUGAAGAAGCUGUGUGGAGGACUGAAAAGUCCAAACUGCAGACUGGAUACUCUAAGGCUGUCAAACUGUCUGAUAACAACGUCUGGCAUCACUUCUCUGGCCUCAGCUCUGGACCUGAGCUACAAUCAUCCAGGAGACUCAGGAGAGAAGCAGCUGUCUGCUCUACGAGAGGAUCCACGCUGCAGACUGGACACUCUUAGGUAUGGACAGACAGACAGACACCUCACACUGGACACAAACACAGUACACAGAAAACUCAAACUGUCUGAGAACAACAGGAAGGUGACACGUGGUGGAGAGGAUCAGUCAUAUCCUGAUCAUCCAGAGAGAUUUGACUCCAGGCCUCAGCUGCUGUGUAGAGAUGGUCUGACUGGUCGCUGUUACUGGGAGGUCGAGUGGAGCGGAGAUGUUCAUGUAGCAGUGAGUUACAGAGGAAUCAGCAGGAAAGGAGGCAGUGAAGACUGUCGGUUUGGAUUCAAUGAUCAGUCCUGGAGUCUGUGGUGCUCUGAUGGUCGUUACUCUGUCUGGCACAAUAACAGAGAAACAGACCUCUCCUCCUCCUCCUCCUCCUCCUCCUCCUCCUCUGGUAGAAUAGGAGUGUAUGUGGACUGUCCUGCUGGCUCUCUGUUCUUCUACAGAGUCUCCUCUGACUCACUGAUCCACCUUCACACCUUCAACACCACAUUCACUGAACCUCUUUAUCCUGGGUUUGGGUUGUUCUCUGACUCCUCAGUGUCUCUGUGUGGUCUGUAGGACGGAGACGACUUCGUGUCCUGUGGUCUGAAUGUUGGAUGAAGCUUCACUUUGUUUAACAUUUGAUUCUCUGAUUGUUUCUUUAAUGUCACAGAUGUUUUCUUCUUAUAAACAGUGAAAUGAUCUCAGGGCUGAACUCUGAUUUUCUCUUGAAUCAAGUUUUUUUUGGAGCAGCGUCUUGUAGCUGCUAAUGUCUGUCGUGAUUGAUCUCAAUAAAGGUUUAAAGACUCACGAGAACAGCAGCUUCUAACAAAUGUAAAUCUGAUUCUGUUUUAUAGAGGAAUAAAGACAUUAC